CGGGUCAAAUUUCGGGUCUGUCAGGUAACCAGGAUGCUGAUGAUUUUGCAAGUGAAAGUCUCUUCCGCUAAAAAUGGGAGGGAAAGAGAGAGAGAAGAAGAAGAGAAUGGCGUCCACAAGAAUGGCGAAAUCGAAGGGGAGUUUCUGUAUCACUCUCUCUUCAGAAAUCUAUCAUACGCCACCAGAAAGAGAAAAAACAAAAUAUUCAUUUUUUUUGAAACUUUGCGUUUGAAUCCAGAAGAACAAUCGAUUAUUCGUCUAAUAGCUCCGUUGAUCGAAAUUGCUCAAGAGGGAGCUAUAUCUACAGGUACUCUUCUCAUGGGCUUUUAGCUUCCCUUAGAUACAAUGCGAGAAUGGUUUUCGACCCUUCCCAAGUAUGAUCUUUGUAUAUGUGCUUGGCAUCGGCUGAUAACUUGUGGUGUUUACUGGAAAUGGUAGGAGGGUUCUUACGGGAUGGCUGAAAACAUAAUGGUGGAUUCUCAUGUAUGGGUGGAAGACCCAGAUGUGGCAUGGAUUGAUGGGGUUGUUGUUGAUAUUAAGGGUGACCAAGCUACUGUUAAAACCAAUGAUGACCGAGAGGUACAAAAUAGAAAGACACUUUCUUUUUCAUUUCUUAGUUUAUAAUUCAUCACUCGCUGAUCCUCAAGGAAAGUUGUUAUGCAGUCCUUUGUCAUGUUAAAGAAAUGGUCAUGGGGUUGUAGUGGCAAAUAUUACUCUGCUUUGUAAAUCUUAGUUUCUUUUUUUCUCGAGACUUAAAGACAAUGGAUGUAAUGCACUUCUCUUAGUGAUCUUCAAGGAAAGUUUUUUUUGCAUGGGAGAAUAUUACUCGGCUUUGUAAAUCUUAGUUUCUUUUCUGGAGAUUUGAAGAAAAGGAUGUGAUGCACUGAACAUCUAUCUUCAUGAAUACAUUCUUUAAAAUGGUUUCUUCUUUGUUUCUUGUUUUAUUAUUUGUUUUCACAAAUAUGCUCAAAGUGCUGGUAUUGCUUUUAGUCUACAAAAACCACUAACCGGAUCUUCACACACAAUUAUAUGCUUUAGUUCAUUUUAAUGCCAUUUCUGGCUCUUGCUGGUGCUGUUUUGCUUUUCACAUUUCUGAUUCCUUUUACUGUUUCAGGUUAUAGCUAAUUUAUUAAAACUCUAUAUAAAAGACGAUGAAGCUCCUUCAGAGGGAGUGGAGGACAUGACACGAUUAUCUUACCUGCAUGAGCCUGCAGUGCUCGAAAACUUGGCUACCAGAUAUGGGCUCAAUGAAAUUUAUGAAACAUUCUUAUUGCUGUCAAUCCCUUUCAAGGACUCCCACAUCUUUACGAUGCUGAGGUUAUGGAAAAGUACAAGGAAGCCUCCUUCAAAGAGUUGAGUCCUCAUGUUUUUGCAAUUGGUGGCAUUGCAUAUAGGGAAAUGAUCAAUGAGGGCAGGAACAAAUGUAUAUUGGUCAGUGGUGAAAGUGGGUCUGGAAAGACAGAAACGACUAAGGUGCUCAUGCGUUACCUUGCAUACUUUGGAGGGCAUACUGCAGGUGAAGGAAGGACUGUUGAAAACCAAGUUUUAGAAUCAAAUCCAGUUCUGGAGGCAUUUGGAAAUGCGAAGACUGUUAAGAACAAUAAUUCCAGUCGUUUUGGGAAGUUUGUGGAGAUUCAAUUUGAUGACAUUGGUCGAAUAUCUGGGGCAGCCAUCAGAACCUACCUCUUGGAGAGGUCUCGUGUUUGCCAAGUUUCAGAUCCUGAACGUAACUAUCACUGCUUUUACCUCCUGUGUGCUGCACCUCCAGAGGAUGUUGAGAGAUUUAAAUUGGGGGAUCCUAAGUCAUUUCGCUAUCUUAACCAAUCUAGCUGCUUCGAACUUGAUGGUGUAAAUGAUGCAGAGGAGUAUCUUGCUACUAGAAAAGCUAUGGAUGUAGUUGGAAUAAGUGAACAAGAACAGGUUUGCAAACUCUUUUUUGCAAUUUACCUAUCACCUGUUGAUUGCUAUAGAGCAACAACUUAUCUUCUUUUGUCUCCUCAGGAUGCAAUUUUCAGAGUUGUGGCUGCCAUUCUCCAUCUUGGAAAUAUUGAAUUUUGCAAAGGAGAAGAUGCUGAUUCAUCAUCUCUAAAAGAUGAGCAGUCAAAGUUUCAUCUCCAGAUGACGUCAGAAUUGCUCAUGUGUGAUUCCCAUUCCUUAGAAGAUGCUUUGUGUAAGCGUAUUAUGGUGACCCCAGAAGAAGUUAUCAAAAGAAGUCUUGAUCCUCUUGGCGCUGCCGUUAGUAGGGAUGGUUUAGCAAAGACAAUAUACUCUAGACUCUUUGAUUGGUUGGUGAACAAAAUAAAUAUCUCUAUCGGCCAAGAUUCUAACUCUAGGCGCUUGAUCGGAGUCCUUGACAUUUAUGGUUUUGAGAGCUUUAAAGCCAACAGUUUUGAACAAUUCUGUAUUAAUUACACGAAUGAAAAGCUGCAACAGCAUUUCAACCAGCAUGUAUUCAAAAUGGAACAAGGUGAGUAUGAGAAAGAAGAGAUAGAUUGGAGCUAUGUGGAGUUUGUUGAUAAUCAAGAAGUCGUGGAUCUUAUUGAAAAGAAGCCCGGUGGUAUUAUUGCUCUUCUAGAUGAAGCAUGCAUGCUACCCAAAUCAACUCCUGAAACAUUUUCUGAGAAGCUGUAUCAAACAUUCAGGGAUCAUAAGCGUUUCAUAAAACCAAAAUUGACGCGAUCAGAUUUUACAUUAGUUCAUUAUGCAGGGGAUGUUCGAUACCAGUCCGAUCAGUUUUUAGACAAAAACAAAGACUAUGUUGUUGCCGAGCAUCAAGACAUGUUAAAUGCUUCCAAAUGUUCUUUUGUGUCAGGCCUUUUUCCUCCUCUUCCUAAAGAGAGUAGCAAAUCAAAGUUUUCAUCCAUUGGCGCUCGUUUCAAGCUACAAUUGCAACAGCUGAUGGAGACACUGAACCAUACGGAACCACACUACAUCAGAUGUGUGAAGCCAAAUAAUUUGUUGCAGCCAACAGUGUUUGACAAUGCCAAUGUCUUGCAUCAGUUACGCUCUGGGGGUGUUCUUGAGGCCAUCAGAGUGAAAUGCGCUGGAUAUCCAACAAAUAGGACUUUCAUCGAGUUCUUGAAUAGAUUUAUCAUUCUUGCACCGGAGAUUCUGAAAGGAGAGUACGAAGCAGAUGUUGCAUGCAAGUGGAUUUUAGAGAAAAAGGGGCUCACAGGUUACCAGAUUGGAAAAAGUAAAGUUUUCCUGAGAGCUGGUCAGAUGGCUGAGCUAGAUGCACACAGAACAAGAGUGCUCGGCGAAGCAGCGAGGAUGAUUCAAGGACAAGUUAGAACCCGUCUGACAAGAGAACGAUAUGUUCUCAUGCGGAGGGCUUCAGUUCAAAUACAGGCUAAUUGGAGAAGAAAUAUUGCAGGAAACAUAUGCAAGCACAUGAGAAGGGAGGAAGCUGCCAUCAAAAUACAGAAAAACUUACGCAGACAGGUAGCAAAGAAAGAGUAUGGACAGACCAAAUCUUCGGCAGUCACCUUGCAAAGUGGAGUCCGGACAAUGGUUGCACGGCAUGAAUUUCGUUUUAAAUUGAAGUCUAAGGCAGCAACUGUGAUCCAGGCGUACUGGCGUGGUUACAGUGCUAUAUCUGACUACAAGAAACUGAAAAAAGCUUCUCUGGUUUAUCAAAAUAGACUCAGAGGAAGAAUUGCCAGAAAACAGUUGGGACAGUCAAAUCAGGCUGACAAAAAGAAAGAGACAGUACAUGAAAGAGAGGUGGAACUUUCCAAUCAAGUGGAAGAGGCAGUUGAUAUGUCCUGUGUACUGCAUUCAGAGCCAAGUGAUGAUGCGGAGACUGGAGACGAACAUUAUCCAAAAAUCUUCAUCCGAGCAGAUAGUGGACUCGAUAAGUCAUUUGUAAUGCCAUCAGAGCAAAGUGGUGAUGAAGAGAUAGAACAUGAAAGACAGACAAAACAUUCCAUCCUAACAGAAGAUGGAACUGAAAAGUCCAUAGUUCUCGAAUCAGAGAAGCCUUACAACAAUUUUUCUGUUGUAAGCCACAUAACGAAUCCUAUUCGUGAUACAGAAGUUGAGUCCCUCACUGCCGAAGUUGAGAUGUUGAAGGCCUUGUUGGUAGUUGAGAAACAAAGAGCUGACAUUUCCGAAAGAAAAUGUGCUGAAGCCAGAGAACUUGGUGAGAGAAGACGCAAAAGAUUAGAAGAAACAGAAAGAAGAGUUUACCAACUACAAGACUCUUUGAACAGGUUGUUAUAUUCUAUGUCGGAUCAAUUCUCGCAACUAAAGUCCAUCUUAAGAUCUCCAUCUAUGUCUUCACCGAUGGCUACAGUGCCAGUUGUACGUGAUGACCUUGCUGACAGCUCUGAGAACUCUGAAGCUUCAUCAAGUGAUUCUGAUUUCACUUUUCCAGCUCCAUCUACUUCUUCUGCAGAUAAUUCAAAUCUUCAAGUCAUUGUUCAAGAUCUAUCAACCACAGAAGCCAAAGGAACAGAGAAUGAUAAGGAAAGGGGCUUUGAAGAUUACUUUUGAUGAUGAAGCACCUAUUUGAUCUCUUCAUUUGUUGUGUCAGAUGGAAAUUGUUUAGUGUUUACAAGUAGUUCAAACUCCAACUGUAGUUUUUUUAUGAGUAGAUGCUGCAAUGACAUUGUAGAGUCGUCAAGAUAUGUCAGGUCUAUGGGUUUAAAUGCAUACAACAGCUAUGUUUGUUUC